AUGAAUAUUAUUCUUCUAACACUAAUAACAAGUAUCUUCGCCGCCAAAGAUUCGUCAAAAAGUGCUCGUCGUACUUAUCUUGUUAAAAAGGAUCUCUUCAGUUUAUUGAAAUUCAGUCAAUUUUCAAUACUCGUACCAGAAAACCAUUUAGUAUAUCGUAUCAAAUCGUAUUAUACUUUUGGAAGAAAAUUAGAAGUUAUUCAUGCAAUAAAUUUUACAAUUCUUAAUUCAACUUCUAAUGAAUGGAUUCCUGGAAAAAUUAUAUUAACACCGGCUGGUCUUGAUAGCAAAUUUAUCAUAAAAUGGGAUGGAUAUAGUAUUGCGAUGACAACAAAAUUUGGUUCAUUAACAACAACAUUUGAGUAUGAAUAUCAUAGUGGCAUUUUAGCAAAAUUUAAAAAGCGAAUUUCUUCACUUGUAUGGAGAACUAAAUUUGAUUUACAAGUAUUUUCAAAUGAUCUACCAGAUACAAUUUAUUUUAUUGGACUUGCAAUGAAAGAACAAAACACUAAAUCUAAGGGAUGA